UUCGCCAUCGACGACAACAACAACGCUCCAACUUUCGAACCUGAUUUGAUUAGAGCCAUUUUCAAGCACAUUUGGGCCAGAAAAGCUCAAGAGCGUGAAAGAAAUGAAAUGGAAAACACCAGGCCGAAGACUGUUGGAGCUGGAACAUCCAAGAAGAAUCGACCCACUUCCUCUAAUGCAAAUGCUCUAAAGCUGAGUUGUGAACUUCUUCGAAUUUUUAUUACAGGGUCUGUGCAGCGAGCUUCUACAAUUGCUGAAGCUGAGGGUGGUACUAAGAUUGAAGCAACUCAUUUAGAAAGGAUUCUUCCUCAAUUACUUCUUGAUUUUUAAGGUGCUUG